UCCAGUCCAAAUCGCGAUGACUCGCGAGGAGAAACUCGUCAGCUAACGGUGAAGAAGAACCAUAGAGAAAGUAUCGGAGUUGUUCAGCCAUGGAAGGGAGAUCGAGCUCACGCUUCGUAUCACUUGCCCUUUUACUCGUAUUGCUCCCGAUGCUGAGCCAACUCGUCACUCGGUCCGAGUCGGCUCAGCAACCCUUCCGCCGUGAACCGGGGCAUCCGCAAUGGCACCACAGCGCCUUCCUUGACGUACGCGAGAGCGUGCGAUCCGACGUCCGCCGCAUGCUCCACUCCCGUGCCGAGGUACCAUUUCAGGUUCCUCUGGAGGUGAAUAUAGUGCUCGUAGGUCUGAAUGGAGAUGGAGGAUACAGGUACUCUAUGGAUCCCCACAAAUUGGAAGAAUUCUUGAAAGUUAGUUUUCCAUCUCAUAGGCCCUCAUGCCAAGAGACGGGAGAGCCACUUGAUAUUGAACAUCACCUUGUUUAUAAUGUAUUUCCUAUUGGGCAAGCUGAAUUGAUAGCUCUGGAGAAAGCAGUGAAAGAGGCCAUGGUACCUGCUGGGACUGCUCUAGAGGCUGAUUUUGGAAGACAUUUACCUGCUUAUGACGUGGAGGCAACAAAGGUUGAGGCUGCAUUUAACAGGCUUUACUCUUAUAUAUUUGAUAUGGAUAUGGGGGCUGGAUCAGCAGGAGACAUGGAUAGGCCUAUACCUAGUGCGAUAUUUUUUGUCAAUUUUGAUAAGGUAAGAAUGGAUCCUCGAAAUAAGGAGAUCGAUCUGGAAAGCCUGAUGUUUGCUAAGCUACCAGAACUUACUGAAGCAGACAUGGAAAAACAAGAGGGAGAUUAUAUUUAUCGAUAUAGAUACAAUGGUGGAGGAGCUUCCCAAGUUUGGGUUGGAUCAGGCAGAUAUGUUGUCAUAGACCUGUCAGCAGGGCCUUGUACAUAUGGGAAGAUUGAAACUGAAGAGGGAAGUGUUAGUUCUAGAACAUUGCCAAGGAUUCGAAACGUAGUGCUUUCAGGAAACUUUGGCCCUGUUAGUUAUCGUUCUACCCAUGAUAUAUUUUCUGGUCAGCUAGCAGCACUGGUAUCGACUACAAUUGAGCAUGUAAUAGCUCCUGAUGUGAGGUUUGAGACUGUUGAUCUUGCUACAAGAGUGCUCAUCCCGAUAGUUGUGCUCCAGAACCACAAUCGAUAUAACAUAAUGGAAAAAGGCCACAACUACAGCAUUAACAUCGAAGAGAUAGAAUCCGAGGUGAAGAAAUUGGUCCACCACGGGCAAGAAGUAGUAAUUGUUGGAGGUGCCCAUGCAUUACAUCGCCAUGAGAAGUUAGCUAUUGCUGUCUCGAAAGCCAUGCGUGGACAUUCUCUUCAGGAAACAAAGAAGGACGGACGAUUCCACGUUCAUACCAAAACAUACCUAGAUGGUGCUAUUCUGAAAGAAGAGAUGGAACGAUCUGCUGAUGUACUAGCUGCUGGGUUGCUUGACGUGUCUGACCCCACACUUUCUAGUAAAUACUUUCUCCGCCAGAGCUGGAUGGAUGAGUCAGAUGGUUCAAGUGAUUCUGUGGUAAAGCACAAACCUCUCUGGGCAUCCUAUAACUCAAAACUUCAGAAAGGAAAGAAGAAGAAAGUAACUAAGAAAGAAGGAGAUCUCUAUCGGACUUUCGGAACAAGAGUCAUUCCAGUUUUUAUACUCUCAUUGGCUGAUGUGGACCAAAAGCUCAUGAUGGAGGAUGAGAGCCUGGUAUGGACAAGCAGUGAUGUCGUCAUUGUGCUUCAGCACCUAAAUGAGAAAAUACCUUUGAGUUAUGUUUCUGAAACAGAGAGACAACAUGCUGAUCCAACACAGGUACAGCGGCAUAUACUGGCUGGUCUGGCUUCCGCUUUAGGUGGACUGGGUGCACCACAUGAAAAGAUCUCUCAUGUGCAUGAAAGGCCUGUCACCAAUUGGCUAUGGUCGACCGGUUGUCACCCUUUUGGGCCUUUCUCAAAUACCUCUCAGAUCAGUCAAAUGCUUCAAGAUGUUGCCCUGAGGAAUACAAUUUAUGCACGAGUCGAUUCUGCUCUACGCAAAAUCCGUGAAACGUCAGAGGCAGUCCAAAACUUCGCAUCUGAAUACCUAAAGACUCCACUUGGGGAGCCAGUGAAGGGUAAAAAGAACAAGACCAGAACCGAGCUAUGGCUUGAGAAGUUCUACAAAAAGACAACCAACUUGCCGGAGCCAUUCCCGCACGAGCUGGUCGAAAGACUUGAGAAGUAUCUCGACACGGUGGAGGAACAGCUGGUGGAUCUCUCUUCGUUGCUAUAUGACCAUCGGCUCUAUGACGCUCACGUCAACAGCUCGGAGAUUCUUCAGACCACCAUGUUUACCCAACAGUACGUAGAACAUGUACUGGAAGCAGAAAGGGACAACAUGAGGUGCUGUGAGAUUGAGUACAAAUACGCAGUCGACACUUCCCAAACCUUUGUCUACGGUCUUAUUCUUCUCGCGGGUUUUCUCGUAUACUUCCUUGUCAUCUUCUUCUCCUCCCCUCCUGCCCGCUGAUCUUUUGUUUUUUGUCAUUAGAGAUCAUAAUUUCGGUUACAUGUUGGUCUUCGUGAUGUAGAUUUGGAGAAGCCCGAAUUCUGGGCUCAUAGUCCGAAUUUGGUACGAGGGUUGUGAGAUGUAUUUGACUGUGUCAAAUUUCGCCUAAUGUAGAAUCAUCCCAGGCGCUUAACUGGCGCGUGAGAUCCA